GAGGGGGAAUGGAUCUCAAAUGGAUCCCAACAGGGGCCCAUAAACAAUUGUUUGCCCCUGUUCCGCUUGGGACGUUCAUCCGGCCAUGAAGGAAGUGCGGCCAGCUGGAGGUUGUGAUUUUUCCUCACUUCGGUUUUAUCUUUAUGUUUGAGUUGUUGAAUAACCAUCGCAUGUGUUUUAGCUGUAAUUGAUAAAUCAGUGCAAUGCUGCAAUAGAUAAAGCAAUCGCACCGUAUAGGAGUUCUGCUCGUCUGAUCAUGCAACUGUUGAUCCGCCAGUACUGUCCCUCAGAUAAGGACACAGUGCUUAAACUGUUCAGCAUCGGCAUCCUGGAGCACAUCGGCCCUUGUUUUCAGAAUGCCAUGACCAGCCCUCUCUACCUCACCAUCACAUUGUUUCUGUGUGUUGCUGGCUACCUCCUCGGCUCUGUGUCUGGGGCUCUGUUGUUACCAGCAGCGUGGGUAGGCCUCAUCUACUACUGCUGUCACGAACUAUAUGCAGGUUAUGUAAGGGAAAGGUGCCGGACAGACAUGCAGGACAUCGUUGGAAACUACCUGAGCAGACCCGAUGACUGUUUCUGGGUGGCUGAGGCCGAGGUUGAUGGGAGGACGCACAUUAUUGGUAUGGUGGCUGUGAUGGCCAAACAGAGUGGAAGAGAAAAAUACGGAGAACUGUUCAGGAUGAUCAUCUCACCUCACUCCAGACGGAUGGGCCUGGGUUACAAGAUGACCCAGACUGUGAUUGAUUUCUGUAGAGAGCGAGGCUUCUCUAAGGUGGUGUUGGAGACUAGCUCCACUCAGAUGGCGGCUGUGGCUCUAUACAGCAAACUGGGGUUCAGCCUUCUGCUCUCACACAAAGACACACACGCUCCCUCUUGGAUUGUUUUGCUGACCACAGUCACGAUUUUAAGAAUGGAAAAAGACUUGUAAAUCAGAAAUAGCCCAGAUCACCUAAUUUUCCACUGCUCUUUACUUGUGGUUUAAGUUUUUGGACCAACAACACUUGACUCAAACCUUUAACCCAUAAGAGCUCGACGUGACAUAGUUGUGACAUACAGUUUGAGACAUUUUGCUUCAAUUUAUGGUAUAAACUUUGCUCAAAAUCCUGUUGGACACAAUCUGAUACCUGUCUUCUGUCCUUUAAUAGAUAGAUACUAGUUAAUUCUGACUUCAAAUCUGAUGUUUUAUUUGCUGGUGAAGGUUAUCGGCACGAAACCACAUGUGGCAUAGGUAUGCAUGUUUCUUAGAGGUUCUGAUGAAGAAAUGUGAAAGGUAGGCCAAAAAUAAAGAGACAAAUCA